AUGACCUCACCGGGAUUAUAUGACCAAUAUCCAAUCACCACUCUUCCACGUAUCCCAGACAUCCCCCUCAACUCCAAAUUAAUAACUCCACCUCAAGGUAUUUCUAAUACUUCCACAAUUAUUGAUUUUGCUAUUUCAAAAUCAAGUAUUGCUAGUCAUGUCAUUAAACCUAGUCCAAGAUUAUUAUGGUCAUUCACAUUGUCACCAACUACUAUUGUUGAUUGUAUGGAUGUGAAAAAGAUUGAUAAUGAACAGAAGAAAUUGUAUGUUGUAGGUAAAACUGACAGAGGAUCCAAAUUUAAAUUAUUAAUGAUUGAGACUGAUCAGGAUAUUAAUACUGUUGGAGACGUUGAGCUUGAAUUGAAGGAAAGAGUUGUUGGUGUUAAGUUCUAUAAUGAGGAUUUGAUUGUGGUGGUGUAUGAAUCUGGUAGUAUUGAGUAUGUGAAGUAUGGUUUUCAGAGUUUAGAAUUUGCGGAAGUUAAGUAUGUUGUUGAUGAUGGGAGAAAAGUCAUUUAUAGUCAUUUCGUGGAAGAUUUACAUGAAAAGUUUGUUGUUACUGUUGGGAAAUCUUCAAAUGGUUUGAAAUAUUCUUUGGUUUCAAUUGCAUCAUCUCAAAUAUUAGAAGUAAACUCAUUUGUUAAGGAUUCCAUUCCAGAAGAUAUCACUUUUAGUUAUAUUUCAGGAGUAUUAUAUCAAUACUGUGAUUCACAGAUUAUUGCAACCUCAAUUGUCAAUUUCCAAAGCGUUUCCACAACAAAUGUUGCCUCUUUAAUUUCUGACAAGUCAUUGGUUUCAAUUGAAGCAGUUGCACCAGAUAGAAUCUUAUUAGGAUCAGGUAACAAGAUCCAUUUAAUCAAUAUCAAAUAUUCAGCAUUAUUAUCAACUCUUGAAUCUUCGCCAAAUGCAAAUGUUCCAGAUAAAGUAUAUCUUGAUAAUGUUGUAACUGUGAAAGGAAAUUCUCAAAAUACAAUGCAAUCAAAAGCCAUUUAUUUGAAUUUAAGGAAUAAGAAUAAUAAUGUUUAUGUAAACAUUAUUGAUUUGAAUGUUGGAUUGAAUAAAUUGGUUGAAUGUUUAGGUAAGAGUAUUAGUCAACCUUCUCAUGAAUUGACUGAUAUUGUUGAAUUAUACAAUAUAGAUGAGGCUGCCAAUGUUGCAACCCAAGAAAUCCAAGAAGUCUAUCAAGAGUUAAAACCAGCUCAAGAAUCUCAAGAUUUGAAUAAAUGGGAAUCUAUUUUGAUUCCAUAUUUAAAGAAUAAAAAGCCAUGGACAGCGAUUAAGAAAGCUUCUAUGAAAUCUAAACCAACUAGUAAAGUAUAUCAAUUUAAAGAAUUUGAUGUUGAUAAUGAUAGGAUUAUUGAUAUAAAUUUCAUAAGUUCAGUACUUGAUUUAAUCUUCACUAUUGAAGCCAAUGAUAAGCUUAAAUUUAGAAAUGAAUCAUUUAUUCCUGAAUAUACUUUAAUGUAUUUAUUCACUAAUCCAAUCUAUCCAAUUAAAUUCACUUUUGGAUUAUUAGAACUUUUAUAUAAGAUUGAAAACUUGACAUUAUUAAGACAAGCAAUUUCUACAUGUCCAAAUAUCCCUUGUGGAGAUUAUUUAAAUCAAUUGAUUAUAAAUGAAGAUGAAGAUUUAUUACAUGAUUUAAUUAAUCGUAUAAUUCAAGAAUUCUCAAGAAUUGAAAUCAUUGAUAAUUUUAAACAAAUUGUUCAAAUCAUGGAUGUCAAUUUAAUUGAAUUGAUUAAUAAAUUGAUUAAAUUGAAUGGAACCACUGCUUGGUUAUUGAUUGAAAUGGUUAUUGAUAUUGCUGGGUUGUUUAAUUGGUCAGGUGAGAAUAUUGAUGAUUUGAAUGAAAUCAUUACUAAGAAGAUUAAUUCAUUAAUGAUUAAUAGUUAUAAUUUAACUUUAAUUAAUCAAGUAUUAAGUAAUUCUACUAUACAAAAGAAGAAGAAUAAGAAACAGAAUCAACUUCAGGAAUUAUCCAUACAACAAACUCAAUUGGAUUCUAUGUUAUUGAAUAAACCACAGCAACAAGUAAUUCAAGAUGAUGAUGAUGAUUUGGGAAUUGAAAUUAGUCAAAGAAUUCCAAAUUAUUCAAUUGAGAAAUUAACUUUAUAA